UAUAUGAGCGCUGGAGCCGUCGGAUCUACUGUCGGAAUGCCUAUGUGACACGAAUUAGAUCUCUUCCCCUGAUUCUGCACCACGGGGAAAGAGAGAUAAGGGCACGAUGGCUUCCAAAGAGACCGCCGCCUCCUGCUUCAUCAGCGUGAGCAGGGAAAUUACAGAUAGCAUCAGGAAGGUUAUUGACAAACCGUCAAUCAAGUUUGUGCGCAGCAUCAAGCUGGAUACCAAGAACGGCAAAUCAGAGGACAGGAUUCUGGUCCUGACAACAUGGAGACUUUACCUCUUAACAGCUAAAGUACCCACAAAGAUGGAGCUGACUUUUAACUUCUUGGAGAUUCGAGCCAUGAACACGCACCCCGAGCACCAGGUCGUCAUAGAAACGGACAAAUCCACUUACUCCCUGAGGCUGCAGUCACGUGACCACCUCGACCAUGUGAUCAACCACGUGAACUUUGCCCUCUCCAGGAUCUUCAACAACUCCGUGUUCGCUCCCUCGAUCUGUCGGUCAGAAGGAGACGUCUCUGAUGGAAGCAGGAAAUUUUCUCCAAGCUCAGAAACAUCAGUGGAGACCCAGAGAGCCUGCGGGGGUUUCUCCGAGACCUACGCCGCUCUGUGUGACUACAACGGCAUCGGCUGCAAGGAGGAAGUGCAGUGGGAUGUGGACACUAUCUAUCACUCGCAGGAUAACAGGGAGUUUAACCUGCUAGACUUCAGUCACCUGGAGAGCAGGGAUCUGGCAGUGAUUGUGGCUUCUAUGGCGUACAACACCUGGUUUACCAAACUCUACUGCAAGGACCUGCGCAUAGGGUCAGAGGUGAUAGAUCAGGUCCUUCACACGCUCAGUAAGUCCAGCAGCCUGGAGGAGAUCACCCUGGAGAACGCGGGACUCAAAGCAGACUUUCCUCAGAAGAUGGCGGUUGCACUGUCUGAGAAUCCAGCCUCUGUGAUCCACUCUUUGAACCUGGCACACAACACACUGGAUAACCAAGGCGUCUCCAACCUUAUUCAGCAAGUAUGUCGCCUUAGCAAAGGCUUGCGUCUGCUCAACCUCUCCAAGACCUCGCUCACGUCCAAGGGUGUGGUCUCCCUCUCCCAGGCGCUCUGCUCCAGCGACGACUACUCCAACUCUCUGCUGCACCUGGACCUGAGCCGCAACCCGGGGGUUCUGUCCGGGGAAGACGCCACGAACCUCUACCUCUUCCUGGCCCAGCCGAACUGCCUGGUACACCUGGACCUCUCUGGAACAGACUGUGCUGUGGACUCGUUGUUUGGGGCUUUGCUCAGGGGCUGCUGUGCUGACCUAUCCUACCUGAACCUGUCCAAGAACUCUUUCUCACACAGGAAAGUGAGGGAGACUCUCCCCAUGUUUCGGCAGUUUUUCAGCUCGGCCUUCAGCCUCACGCACGUCAGCCUGGCCUCCAUGAAGCUGCCCCCUGACGCUCUGAGAGCUCUCUUUCUUGGGCUGUCCUCCAACCCUCACAUUAGCGACCUGCAUCUAGACAUCAGCAGCUGUGAGCUCAGGUCUGCAGGCGCGGGCGUUCUCCAGGAGCUCUUUCCCCGGGUUUCCUGCAUCGGCACCCUGGACAUCUCUGACAACGGGCUGGACGCAGACCUGCUUUCAGUUGUCCCUGCUCUGUCCCGACACCCCUCCCUCAAACACCUGCUGCUGGGAAAGAACUUCAACAUCAAGAGCAGGGUUCUGGAUGAAGUUCUGCAGAAACUGGUUCAGCUCAUUCAGGAGGAAGAGUGUGGGUUGCAGUCCCUCUCGGUGGUGGACUCUCGGCUGCGUUCUCGGGGCACGGUGCUGGUGAACGCUCUGGGCAGCAACGCCUGCCUGCGCAGAGUGGACCUGAGUGGGAACGGCCUGGAGGACGUGGGGGCCAAGAUGCUGAGCAAAGCCCUGCAGAUAAACACCACACUGAGGAGUGUCACCUGGGAUCGUAACAACACCACGGCAACGGGUUUCCAGGAUGUGGCCCGAGCCCUAGAACAUAACUUCACUCUGCAGUACAUGCCCCUCCCGCUGAGCGACGCCACACAGGCUUACCGCAGUGCCCCCGAGAGGACCGAGCAGGCGCUGACCAAGAUCCAGAGGGCUCUGCUGAGGAAUAAUCAGACGCAGCGAUUCUCGCAGAGACAGGCACUGCGUCUGCAUCAGGGCCUGGUUACCAGCACCGCCGAACAGGUGAUGGAGAGGCUGUGUGUGCGUGUACAGCAGCAGGUGUGUGUUCUGCGGGGGGCGGGGGAGGGGGAGGAGCUGCAGGCUGCCAGACAGGUGCUGAAGGAGGCCCGGAACUCCCGCGCGCUGUACCCCUCUCUGUGUGAGUUGGCCCAUGUUCUCUCAGUGGACGGUCCAGUCAGACAGAAGCUGGACUCACUGGCUGGGGAACUGGCCAAGGCAGCCGACAAGGAACUGCAGGUGAUCGUGGACUCCAUGGUGUCUCUGUGUCGGGAGCUGUGCCCUCUCUCCUCCUCGGCAGCCGAGCGCCUGACCCCGCCCCUCUCCUCAGUCUCCGAACGCGUGUCCAUCCCUCGCUCCGCCAUCCGAACCGCCCUGAUGGAGAGAGCGGCCCAGGACAUCCACCGAGCUCUGGAGGAGGUGAAACUCUCCGUGGUCUCAUACCUCACUAACUCUAUAGUGGAUCAGAUUCUGCAGGAGCUGUAUGCUACCCAUAAGACCCUGAGCCGGCAGGUGUCUCAGGUGAAGCGUUGGGAGGAGGGAGGCACAGGCCGACGAUCUCACAGACACAGAGACUCACUGGACAUCACUGACGAAGAGCUGGGGACGAGCAUCGACACCAUUGCCAUAAAGAAGAGGAGCUCCAGAACCAGACGGAUUCGUCCUGUUUCCACCCGACUGAGUCUGGGUGAUGACUCCAGUUCCUCCCCACCUUACUCAGCUCCUCUCCCCUCCGCACCCCUCUCCCACUCGGCAUCAUGGGAGUGUCUGUCUGCCCUGCCUACCCAGGGUGCACCUCUGCAUCACGUGACCAGGGUCAGGCCGAGGCCGCCACGGAGACACCGGAGAGGACACGCCCCAUCUGACUCUCACUGCACAGAGAAUGGGGCUGUGACCCCUCUUGAUGACGGACUGCCUGAUUUUUACACAAAAAGAGUCCUACCUGACAGUCAGCUUUCAUCCCUCCAUCAAGCGCAGUCUUUCAGAAGAAAGAAGAGGCGCAAUAUGCUGUCAAUAUUCGGUUUCCGUAGGAACCGCAACUCGACCAUAUCCAAUCAGGGGACAGAGUCCGGUGAAGGGGGAGGAGCCUGUGGGGAGGAGUGCCGGACAGUUGUAACAGCACCCAGCAAUUCUGCCACCGAGAACCUGUACACUCUCCAACACUCACGGGAUUGUGGGAAUCCCCCCAGUGAGGGCUCGGAUGGGAAGGAGGACGACCGUAAGGGCGAGAGCCAAGCACGACAGCUGCCGGUCAGGCCUGUGCCAGGCAUACCACUUCCUGCCACAGGGGGAGCCAAACCCCCCUGCCUCACACACAGACAGAAAUCCGAGCCUGACAAAGAGACAGACAGACGUACAGAUGGGCCGGAGGGUGCAGACUCACAGAGUGACCACCAGGGGGCGGAGGAGAGACAUACAGACAGGCCGACGCAUGAACCACACCCACAGGCCGAGAUACCAAUGCAGUCCCACAGUCCAACAAGCAGUCAGGGUCCCUCUGUCUCACAGACAGACAGACAGACCAAAUCAGACAGGCAGCCUGUCUCUGACACACAGACAGACAGACAGACCAGAUCAGAUAGGCAGUCUGUCUCUGACACGCAGACAGACAGACAGACCAGAUCAGAUAGGCAGUCUGUCUCUGACACGCAGACAGACAGACAGACCAAAUCAGAAAGGCAGUCUGUCUCAGACACACAGACAGACAGACAGACCAAAUCAGACAAGCAGCCUGUCACAGAUACGCAGACAGACAGACAGCCAUCACCAGAGGGGCAGACAGACAGACAGGCACCGCGGGAGGAGCGUCGUGGAAGUGCUCCAUCUGGACCAAAACCAGACCCCCCUCCUCAGAGCAGCAAACCCAGCCUGGCCUACAUGCGACAGCGGCACCUGCUGGAGAGCUCCGAAACAGCCCCAGAAGGGGAGGCAGGGGCCGAGAGAGAGAGGGAGAAACAGGAGGAGCAGCAGAGAGGCAAAGAACCCGGAGGACAUUAUCCUCCCAUCCCUGAAAAGCCUGUUGACCUUCAGCCAAUCGGCAGCAGGAAUCCUGCUGACACGCCCACCACUGUGACACCUCCAAAAGAGGAAGCCAAUGAGAAGAAAGUCCCACCCCCUGUGCCUCCAGCCUGCACUAAGCCUACGCUGGGGUCAACUGACCAUGCUGUCACAGGUGAGGACGGGACGAGAGCCACAGCACCUGUGAAACCUUCCAGGAACAGAAAAGCACUCUCCUGUGACACAGGCACUGAGAGGGACAGCCCCAGUAACCUGCUCUCCGAUCGCAAACCCCCCAUGAAAAAACCCAGACUCCCCCAGAACCGAAACAAAUCCCUGGACCUCCCUGGUAACGGCAGUCCAGACUGUGACAGCGGUGACCCGUCCUGACGACAGCAGAGGCCGGAGACAGUUGCCAUGACAACUGUGGAAUAAGGAGGGAGAGAAAGGGGGGAUGAAAAGAAAGAGAGAGGUGGGGAGGUGAAGGGGAGCAGAGGUGCACACAGAGAGGAUCACCUGUAUCCCUUAAUACACACACACACACACACACACACACACACAUACACACACACGCACACACACA